CAAUUCACCGAAUCAGUAAUCAUAAAUUCAGAGCCGUCUUCUCCAAGAAAUUCUUCCGUUUCUCUUUUUGCUUAACAAUUAAAAUCAGUUCAAACGAGGCUGAUCAUUUUCAGAACUUCUGAAUCCAAAUGAUCGAAACCAGACGAUCUCACUACAGCGUACUUACAUGGUCUCACAGCUUACUCUUGCUCCUCCUAGCAACGAUGAACGUCUCCGGCGGCGCCGUUCCACAGUCAGCUACUGCACCAUCGCCGCUGCCGCUUUCGCCGGUGACUCCCGAUGGCAUCGACUUUGUGAUUUUUGUCAAGGCCACAGCCAUCGUGUGCGCUGUCCUCUUCAUCACCGUCUUUUCGGUCUACCUCAAUUACUGGACCGCGUUAGCGUUCGCCGGCCAGCACCAGUUGGGCGGUGGCCUUGACGGCGUAAAUUGGCGGUGUUCUUGCUCCCGAGGAAUCGACCGGGAAGUCCUGGACACAUUCCCGAUCCUCGUGUAUUCCACCAUCAAAAACCACAAGAUCGGAAAAGGAGAGCUCGAAUGCGCAGUGUGCUUGAGCGAGUUCGAAGACCACGAGACUCUCCGGUUGAUACCAAAAUGCAACCAUGUGUUUCACCCCGAGUGUAUCGAUGCCUGGUUAGCUUCUCAUGUGACUUGUCCCAUUUGCCGCGCAAAUCUGAAACCAGAUUCCGGCGAAGUAGCAGUCAGAAUGCCGACUCAGUUGAACGCUAAUGAAUUGAGCGUAGAGAGUGGAGGCAGAAGCAGGAGAGGUGAAGCGAGCGAAACACAGUAUCACCAAGUGGCGCGGGUACCAAACGACGUCGGUCCGAGCAGCAGCAACUCUUCAGGAACAGGUAGAGCCACCAUGGACGAAGCCAGAGCUAAGCAAAGUCGAGAUCAAAGAUCGAGAUGGAGAAUGUUCGAGAAGUUUCCGAGAUCCAACUCAACGGGGCAUUCGCUGGUGGAACAGCCUAGGACGAACAACGACACGGAGAGGUAUACGCUAAGGUUGCCAGAGGAGGUGCGGAGGUAUAUUCUGAUGAAUCACGCGGCCAUCGGGCAUUCGGUGAGCUACCAUGGGGUGAUGAAAGGGGUGGGUUGGAGCGACAGCGAAGGAAGCAGCAGAGGUAAAAGGAACAUGACGCCUGCAAGUGUUCAUCGCAAAGAUUAAGGUUUCUUCAUUGUCUUCUUGAUAAAAAGACACGCAACGUUGCGAACCACGAAAAACUUCUGGUUUGAAAUGGUGAGAUGCUGAGUUGGAAAGUAUCUUCACUGUUGGUUCUUUCAUAGCCUAUAUUUCUGAUAUUAUUAUAUCUAUUUUUUAUUAUUAGGCUUUUGUAUUUGUUGCAUAUUCUAGGUUCGGCUUGGUUGAUAGUUUGUAUUAUUUAUCCAAUUUUAAAUAUUUGAAUUUUGUUUUUAA